AUCCACACUGGGACUUGAAAGCUUGAAUAAAGAUGCUCAACGUCUCGGGUCGCUGGAGCCUUGUCACCGGGUGAGUUAUUUGGCAGGACGCGCACACACACAAACAGGAGCCGGUAGAUUUAGCUGAGAGACUCAUCCUGGUUUUGGCGCGCGGGCACUCCAGCGACAUGGAACUGAAGAAAUCUAUUUCGGACACCGAGCGCGCGCUGAGGAGCUACGGCGCCGUGUCGGAGACGGCAUGGACAACGGACAAAGGUCAUUCAGAUGUGUCCAUGGCGGAGAGCACCAUGGCUCCAGAGGAGAUCGAGGUGGAAAUGGCUCGUAUCCAGCGCCUGCGAGAAGUCCUGGUACGCCGAGAGUCCGAGCUGCGCUUCAUGAUGGAUGACAUUCAGCUCUGCAAAGACAUCAUGAGUUUAAAGCAGGAGCUGAGACAGAUUGUCGCAGUACCAGAGAAAGAAAAGAACAAGAAGCACAGGCAGCGGGAAGAAGAGCUGAUCCUUAAGAUCCAUAAACUGGUGCAGAAGAGGGAUUUCCUGGUCGACGAUGCCGAGGUGGAGAGAUUAAGGGAGCGAGAGGAGGACAAGGAGAUGGCCGAGUUCCUCAGACUGAAGCUGAUGCCUCUGGAGAAGAAGCUCAAAGCCACACAAAAUCCUCCAAAACCCAAGAGACAAAUCCUGGAGCCGCCUCCCAACAAACCGUCCAUCACCAAGUCAGGGGUGGCCAUCAUCAAGGAUUGCUGCGGAGCCACCCAGUGUGCCGUCAUGUAACUGACACAGACCUCUUUAUGACCCCGUGUCCGAAACGACUCACUCACAUCACAUGACACGCCAUACAUCACUUCCUGUGACGCAGAGAACCACAGUUAGCCGUGUUUUCCCCUUAAAAAUGGUCAGGAAUCACAUUUUAACAUUAAUUUUCAGCAAAAAGUUUUCAGCCGAGCGUUUGGGAGCCGAUUUCUGAUCAGUUAUCUAGAGAAACUGUAAAAUAUGUAUAUGAAGUAAAGGGAACUGUAGAGUAAAUUGGAAAAAAACUCUGAAAAAUACGCCCAUUAUGUAACAUUCCUUUAAGAUGAUAAUCUAUAAUCAUAUGAUUGAAAACAGUGGAGGCAUUUACAGAACUACAAGCACAAUGUUUAGAAAGUGAAGAGUAAAUUUUUGGGUUCUCUGUCUGACAGGAAUAAAACAUCAGUUAUCGUCCCAUCAUCUUUGGCAGCGGGUAUUCAUUCUUCUACAUCAGCCCUUUAACAUCAACCAGUGAAUCUCUUUUACGUUCAGGA